AGUUCGCCUCUGACCAAGCAGAUCACUCUACAUUCUCCCUUCGUGUCAUCUCCCAUGGACACCGUCACAGAGUCAGACAUGGCAAUUGCUAUGGCUCUGACUGGCGGCGUGGGCAUCAUUCAUCACAACUGCACCGCAGAAUUCCAAGCCAAUGAGAUCCGAAAAGUCAAGAAGUUCGAGCAGGGUUUCAUCACAGCGAUUGUGUUCAACCCACAGCAGACAGUGGGCGAUGUGUUGGAGAUCAGAAACAAACACGGCUUCUCUGGCAUCCCCAUCACUGACUCUGGCAAGAUAGGGGGCAGGCUAAUGGGUAUUGUGACUGCCAGGGAUAUCGACUUCCUCAGAGGCAGGGAGAACCACAAAAUACCCGUCUCUGAUGUGAUGACACCUCGAGAGGAUUUGGUCACUGGAAAUUGCGACAUUAAUUUAAACGAUGCUAAUGUGCUAUUGCAGAAGAGCAAGAAAGGAAAAUUGCCGAUCAUAAAUGCGAAUGAUGAGUUAGUGGCUCUUAUUGCGCGUACUGAUUUGAAGAAGAACCGUGAGUUUCCACAGGCCUCCAAAGAUCACCAGAAACAAUUAUUAUGCGGGGCUGCUAUUGGAUCCAGAGAAGACGAUAGGGCCAGGUUGGAGAUGCUACUUCAGGCUGGAUGUGACGUCAUUGUCAUUGAUUCCUCGCAAGGCAACUCCAUCUUCCAGCUGGAAAUGAUCAAGUACAUCAAAAGGAAGUACCCAGACGUGCAACUGGUCGGAGGGAAUGUGGUCACUGGUGCACAGGCCAAGAGCCUCAUAGAUGCAGGUGUGGACGCUCUAAGAGUCGGCAUGGGAUCCGGCUCCAUAUGCAUUACCCAGGAAGUAAUGGCCUGUGGUCGAGCUCAGGCGACUGCGGUGUACAAGGUGUCACAGUACUCUAACAAGUUCGGGGGAGGAGUGCCUGUGAUAGCUGACGGGGGUAUCAAGAACACAGGACACAUCAUCAAGGCACUGGGUCUAGGCGCGUCUGCAGUGAUGAUGGGCUCAGUGCUAGCUGGAUCGACCGAGGCCCCUGGAGAAUACUUCUUUGCGGAUGGAAACCGCCUGAAGAAGUUCCGAGGCAUGGGCUCCCUGGAUGCAAUGGACCAGGGCAAAGCAGCCCAGCAGCGAUAUUUUUCGGACCAAGAUAGAGUGAAAGUGGCCCAGGGAGUGUCUGGCAACAUCGUGGACAAGGGAUCCGUGCACAGGAUAGUGCCCUACCUAGUGACUAGUGUGCAACAUGGCCUGCAGGACAUAGGAGUGAGGAGUGUCAAUCAGCUGAGGAGUGACGUCACUCAGGGCAAAGUGUUCUUCGAGAAGAGAUCGCCGGCCAGUCAGAGGGAGGGAGAUGUACAUGGACUGCACUCGUACGAGAAACGACUAUUCUAGAAUAUAAGUCUGCUUGCGAACGACAUGAUAGUUAGUGCUGCAUGGAAAAGAUUCUAGACAAUGGUAUAUCUUUGACCACCUCCCCAUAGUUAGAGUGGGAAAAACUCAGUCAGUUAGGCAAUCAAACACGCAGUGAUUUACAUCCCUAUUAUGCUCUAAGCACACUGUGAAAUUUUGCCCAAAAACAGUCACUAUCCUAUUAUUCUAAGUUUGUUCUGCAUCUGAAUUCUCCUUCAAUUGAAUUGAAGAUAGUUUAAAUGUUACCGAACAUCAACAUGAAGAGAAAUAAAGAAAUCUGAACCAGAAACAUAUCAAAAAGUUAACCAGGAAAAACUUCAAACUGGUUCAACUUUAAACAGAUAUACAGGGAGGGGAGGGGGCUAUUCUCAUGACAAGUGAUCUGCAAAAUAAAUGCGAAAUCUUUCAACCAAUCAACAUCCUUUAAACUCCUUUAAGCUGACAGAUUUUCACGGUGUUUCCUUCGAAUUUAUGAAUACUUAACUAUGAUUGGAUAACUUUUUUUUUGGCAGUCGGUCCUUUGGCCCUCGAUUAACUUGUCGAUUUUUGGCUAAUCUAAUUUUUGCGUCAUACUAUUUGUUUUUUGAAGUUCAGUAACAUUUUCAACUUCAGUUGUGGCGAUAUGUUCUGAUUCUAUUGCAGUAUUCGAUUUGCUAACUCGCUGGAGGUUAACUAAUUGUUCCUAAAUAUUGUCCCUAUUUGUAUAUUGAGUGCAAUGAGGAAUUAUAUUUUUGUUUAUUGA